GAGGUGGUGUCCGUACCCAGAUUGCUCCCGAAUGGUUGGGGCUGAGCCGGUUUUUGUGGGGCUGCAUAGAGCUGUUUUUAAUUCACUUUUAUUCAUUGUGAAAGGGGGGUCGAAAGAGAGAUUUGGGAGGGCUGGCUGCUUUCCUUUGCUUUAAGGGUUGGCGUUGGUUGUCUCGUAUUGAUUAAUACUGGGUAGUAGAGAUUUAAAUAUACACUGGUUGAAUACCACAGUCUUAAAAGUUUUGCAGCUAUGAUUGCCUGCCAAAUCGGGACUGUCUGUAGAUAAAGGAGCCGCAGCAGAAAGAGAACUGAAGCCCAAUGUACCAGUAAGUAGAUGGAAGCAGUAUUCCAGUACAGAGCAAUGACUUCAGAGGUCAUGAGCUAAACUGCUGGGCUCUUAUUACCACUGUAUUUUAAUAUGGAAGUUUAUGCAGUCUAUUGCAUCUGCAGACAUGGAUUUCAAUCAACUGGAGGCAUUCUUGACUGCUCAAACAAAGAAGCAAGGUGGGAUCACAUCUGACCAAGCUGCUGUCAUUUCCAAAUUCUGGAAGAGCCAUAAGACAAAAAUCCGAGAGAGCCUCAUGAACCAGAGCCGCUGGGACAGUGGGCUUCGGGGCCUGAGCUGGAGAGUUGAUGGCAAAUCACAGUCAAGGCACUCAGCUCAAAUACAUACCCCUGUUGCCAUAAUGGAGCUGGAAAUAGGGAAAAGUGGACAGGCAUCUGAAUUUCUGUGUUUGGAAUUUGAUGAGAUCAAGGUCAACCAAGUCCUGAAGAAGCUCUCAGAGGUAGAAGAAAGUAUCAGCACACUGAUGCAGCCAGCCUAGCUGAAGAUGGAGUUGUUGAAGCAAAGGUGUUCAUGAUCCCUCCCCAGUGACCUGUUUUGUUUUUUUUUUUUAAAUCUUAUUCCCUCAUUAGUAUUAAAUCUUCAAAUUCAAAUC